GGAGAGAGGAGGAGGAGUUGCUCAACUGGUGUCAGGCAUCCAUCUGUGAAAAGGAAAAUGAAUAUGUGAAAGUCAUAAUCUGAGAAACUCUGUGCAGUUUUAUCCAAGUGGAUAUCUCUUGAAUGCGCACAGUUGUUUUGUUAUAGUGAAAGAGGGCUGUUUUUUUUUAUUCUCUGAGUCGACCGGAGGGGGAAACUACCAUCAAGCAAUUUGUAAAAGCCAGACUGGUGGCGUCAUUGCCUCCUCUCUAUAGUAACCUAUAUACGCGCAACACCAUCACCAACACGCCUCUCCUGCUGCAUUUAUUCACACAUCUUAUUCUCAAAUUGCUCUGUGUGGCUCCACGCACACUGAUGUGAAACGCAAAGACUGGUGAUCAUAAUGUAAGAUUAGAUUUAUUUUUGUAAAGACUUAUUUUAGUAUACAGUAUACACAUAUUGUAUUCUGUUCCUUAAAUUAAAUCUGGAACUAUAUAAUUUGGCUUUUGGUGAUUGAGAUGAUUAAGAUUGUGCGGAGUGAUAUAUGAAGUAAGAAGUUAUGAUGUGCCACCUUUUUGAUUAUCGGUGUUUUCAAUUGUCCUAUAGGCUUGAGUUGAGGCAUAAAAGUGGAUCCUGUUGCACAGACAAAAAAAAAAAAAAAUCUAAUUUUACAUGAACACAAUGCCUGAUUGUUCCAUUUAUGUCACUCUGGCACACUCUGGAUUAGGCGGUUUUGCGCAAGAAGAAGCGUCACAGACAAACAGAGUGUUAUUGUCUCCUCCUCGUCGCUGCUGGACUGAUGAUGAUGUUGUAGAAGAGAAGAAGGUAGGCUGUCGUAGUAUACAGUGUGAGGAAUCCUCUCCUCCUCCUCCUCCUUCACAGAUGUUGCUGCAGCCGGAGAGCGUCGUUUUCUACUUAGUGCGCAGCUCAAAUGUUGCCAAAUGGACGCGCGCUUUGGCGCACUUCAGCGCGCAGAAGAUAAUCUCCGUUUACAUUGGCCUCUAUACUCUCUGCUCUCCAAGAUACCCAAGAGUUCCUGUUGUGUCGGUCUGUUGUGCGUCACCCAUGCCUGAUUAGACUUGUAGUGUGACGUCGCCGCCGAGGCACCAUUCAAGCAAAAAAAACACCUCAUGCAACGUUGAGAAUUGAUAUUUAAAGAAAAGCAACCAGCACCUUGCAGCUCACCUUAAGACGCGGAUCAACAAGUUGCCUCUCCAGUGCGUAACUUCCAUCUGAGCAUAAUCCAGGACGCACGUGAUCGACACUUCAUCUACAAAUAUUUCUCAUUUUGUCAAGAGAGAAAUAAGCUCCAGACUUGUCCUGCAGACAGGAGACGCAUCUUGGAUUACCAUCUCCAUACCUCUCCAUGCCUCGCUGCGUCUCCAGGUGCUCGGCUGCUGGCCACCACAUGGUAACUUUGCGCACACAGCACGCUGCAAAGAAAGAGGGCAUAAUAGAGAAAAAGGGAUCUGAAUGAAUGGGACUGAGAUUGAUUCGCAUUUCUCUUCUUCUCCUGCCUCCUCUCCCCUCCACAGACUGUUGUAUGUGUUUGUGUAUAUCCUGCCGGUUGAAGGUGUCUCACGUUAUCAGCAGAUAUCGAUUCAGCUGGUGGAUAGAUCCAUCACUCGAAUAGGGGAGCAGCAAAUGUCGAAGAAAAGGAAAAGUCCUGACGACCUGCAGGACUUUGAGGGAUCUCCUCCUGCAGGAUGCAGCAGCGACCAAGGCUUGACAGAUGAGAAAGUGAAGGCCUACCUCUCGCUGCACCCGCAGAUGCUGGACGACUUUGUGUUGGAGAGUGUGAGCGCAGAGACGUUGGACAGAUGGCUGAAGAGGAAGACCGGCAGCAGGCCUGCAGAUGACACAUCAGCUAAAGAAGUCAGCAGGCAGUACCAGGACACAAAUAUGCAGGGUGUGGUGUACGAACUCAACAGCUACAUGGUGCAGCGCCUGGACGCUGGAGGAGACAACAAACUCCUGCUCUAUGAGUUGUGCAACAUCAUCAAAACAGCAACUAAAGCUGAUGGAUUUGCACUUUACUUCUUGGGAGAAUGCAACAAUAGUUUAUGUAUGUUCACUCCAACGGGGGCCAAGGAUGGCCCUCCAAGCCUCAUCCCCUCCGGCCCCAUCGCAUUUGGGACAACCAUUGCCGCUCAUGUUGCCAAGACUCACAAAACACUGCUAGUAGAGGACAUCAUGGGGGACGAGCGCUUCCCCGACGGCACAGGGCAGGACUCAGGGAUCCAUGUUCACUCUGUCCUGUGCCUCCCCAUCAUCACUGCCAUCGGGGACCUCAUUGCCAUCCUGGAGCUGCAUCGGCAGUGGGGCAAGGAGCCCUUCAACCUCAGCCACCAGGAGGUUGCAACAGCUAAUUUAGCGUGGGCAUCAGUUGCCAUUCAUCAAGUACAGGUGUGCAGAGGCCUCGCCAAACAGACUGAGCUCAAUGACUUCCUACUAGAUGUGUCAAAAACAUACUUUGAUAACAUUGUGGCAAUAGAUUCUCUACUUGAACAUAUUAUGAUAUAUGCAAAAAACCUGGUGAAUGCGGACAGGUGUGCACUCUUCCAGGUAGAUCACAACAACAAAGAACUAUACUCUGACCUGUUCGAUAUCGGGGAAGAGAAAGAAGGCAAACCUGUCUUUAGGAAAACCAAAGAAAUUAGGUUUUCUAUAGAGAAGGGAAUAGCUGGCCAAGUGGCUCAGACAGGGGAAGUCUUAAAUAUCCCAGAUGCCUAUGCAGACCCCCGGUUCAACCGAGAGGUGGACCUCAAAACCGGCUACACCACGCGGAACAUCCUGUGCAUGCCCAUCGUGAGCAGGGGGACCGUUAUAGGCGUGGUGCAGAUGGUGAACAAGCUAAGCGGAAGUGCCUUCACUAAAACAGAUGAGAACAACUUUAAGAUGUUUGCUGUCUUUUGUGCUCUGGCCUUACACUGUGCAAAUAUGUACCACAGGAUCCGGCACUCUGAAUGCAUUUACAGAGUGACGAUGGAAAAACUGUCUUAUCACAGCAUCUGCACAUCGGAGGAAUGGAAGACCCUUACCCAGCUCAACCUCCCUGCACCCAUUUAUAAAGAGAUUGAAAUGUUCCACUUUGACAUUAAUCCCUUUGAGGAGAUCUGGCCUGCUGUCUUUAUCUACAUGGUUCAUAACUCCUGUGGAAAGACCAGCUUUGAGCUGGAGAAGCUGUGUCGGUUCACCAUGUCUGUACGGAAGAACUACCGGCGUGUGCCCUACCACAACUGGAAGCACGCAGUGACGGUGGUACACUGUAUGUACGCCAUCCUACAGAAAACCACUGGGAUGUUCACAGAGCUAGAGAAGAAGGGUCUGUUGAUCGCCUGCCUGUGCCAUGAUCUGGACCAUCGGGGGUACAGCAACACAUACCUGCAGAAGUUUGACCAUCCGCUUGCUGCUCUGUACUCCUCCUCCACCAUGGAGCAACACCACUUUUCUCAGACCGUCUCCAUCCUACAGCUGGAAGGGCACAAUAUUUUCUCCAACCUGAAUUCCAGCGAGUACGAGCAGGUGUUGGAGAUCAUCCGUAAGGCCAUCAUCGCCACGGAUCUCGCCCUGUACUUCAACAACCACCAGCAGCUGUCGGAGCUGCUGACCUCGAGUGCGCUGGACUUGGACAACCACUUACACAGGGACCGUGUGAUUGGUCUGAUGAUGACAGCAUGUGACCUGUGUUCUGUAACCAAGCAAUGGCAAAUCACACGACUCACAGCCAACGACAUCUAUGCUGAGUUCUGGGCUGAGGGAGAUGAGAUGAAGAAGAUUGGGUUGCAGCCGAUCCCCAUGAUGGACAGAGACAAGAAGGACGAGGUUCCCCAAGGACAAGUGGGAUUCUACAAUGCUGUUGCGGUUCCAUGUUACACGACACUAUCGGAGCUAUUCCCUCCGUCCAGUCCUCUUCUAAGAGCCUGCAAGGAUAACCUGGGCCAGUGGGAGAAGAUAACACGGGGAGAAGCACAGGACGUAGUGCCCAACCGACCGUGUGAUUCAGGCCCUGUCAAGGUUGACAACUGACUACCAAAGGGGUUGCUGGCCCACCAAAGGAAUACAACUAGAAUCCUGCCACAGACCUAGAACUAGGUAGGAGGGGGGGGAACCCACAUCCUGUGUAAGCAGGAGACGGAUCAGCUAAAGGCGACUUGACUUUGAAAACACACAGUUACCUCAUUGGGUGACGGAGGUGUCAACACUGACAGUUUCACCGAUCCCAGAGACUGACAGACAGCCGAUGGGGAGGGACUUCGACCCGUCACUCUACAUCCACUCAGCUUGGGAAUUCAUUUGGUAGAAUGGACUUGUUUUGGUUGUUUUAUUUUGGCUAUUUUAUGUUAUGUUAUGAUUUUUUUUUUUUUUUAUAUGAGCUGAUUCUUUCAUGGUCUUGUAUUUGCAGAGGCCUUACUCUGAACCUUUCACAGGCUAGACAUGUGAAAUCUUGUUGGUUCAGGCUUUUUUUGAAAUGGUACUGUUUGCCUUCUGUGGUAGGUUUAUCGUAGGCGACACUACUUCAGCAAGGUAUUUCCAGAGACAGAAGGAAUGUGUAGAGCAGAUGUAUGGUUUAAUGCCACCUUACUGAGAAGGUGGAAGUCGGAAUGUUUUUUUAUUACUUUUUGAGCAAAAAUCCUUUGCAGUACUUGAAUAAAGACAUACAGCCUAUUCUACGUGGAGAAAUCCCCCCGCAGCAUGUUCUACAAAAUGUGGAUGAACUGUGACGAGAGAGAGUUAGAUAAUGUCGACACUUGUGAACACAGUCACAAGAGAGUCACAAUGUUUCUCCCUGAAGUGGACCCCCGCAGCACUGCCCCUGGCCCCUCCUGGCAUUUAGGAACCUGCUGCAUAGUACAUCUACUUUCUGAUUAACAGGAUCUGACCCCAGGCCAGCAGUAAUUAAGUUUGCAGGUCACAAGAAGAUGCACAAAUAGCAUCAGUUAUAGUAUAGUAGUAUGCAUGCUUAUUGUAUCGUAAGCCUGCAUACUAUUGAAUUUUCAUAACAUUUUUCACGCCACUAUCACAUCAUGAAUUAUUUUACACAACAAUCUGGUUUCUCCUCAUUAAUCAGUAAUAAUUUCUACAACCAUGAAUAAAACACAAGUAAAAUGAGGAUACUGCACAAGUUGGUUAAGUGUCCCAGUGGACUCUCUAAAGAUUUCUUUGUUUGCAGUGACACAGCAAACUUUUUACAUGUUGACUACCUUAUGUAAUGUCUAGACAGCAUCCUAAUUUAUAUCACAUGGUUAAGGCAUAGAUGAAUUAUUGAGGUAUAAAUUAAAUAUAGGGUGAGGGGUGGAAUGAGUCGUAGACUAUACGGUCUAAUUUUGACAUGGACGGGUAUCCUCGCAGGUUCAAUGCAUAGACUUUAUAUAAAGAUGGACGACGCAUCUCCACUUCCUCAAACUGUACAGAAGUGAAGCCAAAAUAUCCCGAUAUUGGAGCUGCCAUCUUGAGAUUAUGAAGUCAUUUGGAGCCAGAGUCUAUGCAGUAGUGAUCGGGCGGUGGAUCCGCUGUAUCGCAGAACCAAUCACGAGCCGAGCACCGCUACAGCUGGUCAGCGAGAGGGACUCACAGCUGUCAAUCAUGACGUCUCACCAACACUUGAACAUACAUCAGCGUGAUAAGAACUACC